CCGCUCCCUGCCUCCCCCGCCCGCCGCCCGGCCGCGCUCCGCGGCGCCCGGAGACAGAGCUCAGAUGAAAUCAAAAGAACGAUAAAGUUUGGAGGAGAAAAAGAAGCUGCAAUUGCUUUCCUGGUCUGCAGUUUGACAGGGCAUUAAGAUGUCCGUGGACAUGAACAGCCAGGGCUCUGACAGCAAUGAAGAGGAUUAUGACCCUAAUUGCGAGGAGGAGGAAGAGGAUGAGGAUCCUGGGGAUAUUGAGGAUUAUUAUGAUGGGGUAGCUAACGACGUGGAGCAGCAGGGAGCAGAUGCCUUUGAUCCAGAGGAAUAUCAGUUCACCUGCCUGACUUACAAGGAGUCGGAGAGCACUCUGAAUGAACACAUGGCCAGCUUGGCUGCCACGUUAAAGGUAUCACAUGCUGUUGCAAAGCUAGUAUUAGUUAGUUUCCACUGGCAAAUCUCAGAGAUUUUGGAAAGGCACAAGUCUAAUGCUGCCCAAUUGCUAGUAGAAGCACGAGUUCAGCCCACCUCAUCCAAACAUGCAAUGGUACAUUCCUCCCAUCACUGCGCAGUGUGCAUGCAGUUUGUCCGGAAGGAGAACUUGCUCUCUCUGGCUUGUCAGCACCAGUUCUGUCGCAGCUGUUGGGAGCAGCAUUGUACAGUGCUCGUCAAGGAUGGUGUUGGAGUCGGGGUCUCCUGCAUGGCUCAGGACUGCCUACUUCGGACACCAGAAGACUUUGUGUUUCCAUUGCUGCCUAGUGAAGAGCUGAAAGACAAAUACAGGCGCUACCUCUUCAGGGACUAUGUGGAGAGCCAUUAUCAGCUGCAGUUGUGUCCUGGUGCAGAUUGUCCUAUGGUCAUACAGGUACAAGAGCCAAAAGCCCGGCGAGUGCAGUGCAAUCGUUGCAAUGAGGUCUUCUGCUUUAAGUGUCGGCAGAUGUACCACGCACCCACAGACUGUGCUACCAUUCGGAAAUGGCUCACCAAGUGUGCAGAUGACUCUGAAACAGCCAACUACAUCAGUGCUCACACUAAAGAUUGUCCCAAGUGCAAUAUCUGUAUUGAAAAGAAUGGAGGCUGCAAUCACAUGCAAUGCUCCAAAUGCAAGCAUGACUUCUGCUGGAUGUGUCUGGGAGACUGGAAGACUCACGGCAGCGAGUACUACGAAUGCAGUCGGUACAAAGAGAAUCCUGAUAUUGUAAACCAGAGUCAGCAAGCACAGGCCAGGGAGGCCCUUAAGAAGUACUUGUUCUAUUUUGAGAGGUGGGAGAAUCACAAUAAAAGCCUACAGCUGGAGGCACAGACGUACCAACGAAUCCAGGAGAAAAUCCAAGAAAGGGUUAUGAACAACUUGGGAACAUGGAUAGACUGGCAAUACCUACAAAAUGCUGCAAAACUACUUGCAAAGUGUCGUUACACCCUGCAGUACACAUAUCCAUAUGCCUACUACAUGGAGUCUGGUCCCAGAAAGAAACUGUUUGAAUACCAGCAGGCCCAGCUGGAAGCUGAAAUUGAAAAUCUCUCAUGGAAGGUGGAGCGAGCAGACAGCUAUGACAGAGGGGACUUAGAGAAUCAGAUGCACAUAGCAGAGCAGAGACGGAGGACCCUGCUGAAAGACUUCCAUGACACAUAAGACAGGAGGAAGUGACAAAGUGCAGGGGUGAGACCAGUGAGUGAAGUGAUGGCAGCUUCACCGGGAUAAGCAGGCACUGCCUCUGGGAGAACACGGCCAAGGACAAAGCCACCCCUCCCCUUGCAAGUCAGACACAUGCAAACACCACAUCUUAGUCCAGUUUGUUCUCUUAUCUUUCUGUUUCUGUUUCUGCCAGGCUAGAGGCCAGAUUUCAGAUUGGCAUAUUUCCUGGGACAUUUCCCUCCUGCCCUUGAUGGUUUCAGAAGGGGAGGGAGUUUUUCUCUGAAUGGCUGUUAAUAGUAUUAGAUCAUUACAAUUUAUGUAAUUUUCAACGGUUGUACAAUUAUACAGACAAACCUUAGAAUAACACACAACCCUUUUUAAAAAUAAAUUGGCAGUGGAGUGUUUUUCCUUAA